GCUGAGCGUCGAGCAUUCAGUCUGGAAACGUACUUUGUGCAGUUCGGCGGAAAUUUGGAAAAAAAAUGUUCUCAAUGAAAAUCAUUUUUGUUCUCAGCUUGGCCUUGACAGUUGUUUCGGCUGGCCUUCUCGGCGGCGUAUCGGAGCUCUCUGGCUCUGAACUUAAGGAAGCCGAGGAAACCCUAAACAAUUCACUGGCCAAAUUGGCUAGCGGCGAUGGACCCAACUAUAAAUUGGGCAAAAUUAUCAAGGCAACGCACCAAGUUGUUUCAGGCAGCAAAUACGUUUACGAUGUGGAGCUGAUUGACGGCAGCACCACGAAGACUUGCAAUGUGGAGAUCUGGUCCCAGCCCUGGCUCGAGAACGGCAUCCAAGUGACCUUUAACUGCCCCGACGGUCAAGUAGUCAAGAAGCACAGCGCCUAAGCGCUGAUUCUCUAAGCGACCCAUAACCAUGUCAGCUUUACAAUAAAGAACAAGAAAAACUAAAA